CCCCCUCCUCUCUCCCUGUGAACAGCAGACUCUUGUCCAGGCUAUUUUCUCCUCUCCUCUCAGACUGCGAUCAUGGCUCAGUGCAGGAGUUACUUACGAGGACUUUCCAUUUGUGUGACUGUGCUGCUGCUGGUGUCCGGGAUUGUGAUGAUCGGCGUUGGAUUUUCCUCCAUGGACGGAAACAUUCCUGUUGCUGAGUUGUUUGAUGAGUUGUCCAGCAGUGAUGGUCUUCUGGUCCUGCAGGUGUUUGGUCCAAUCACAGUCAUUCUCUCUCUUGUCGGCAUCUGUGCUGCAUCAUUCAACCUGAAACCUCUGCUACUUGUGUUCUCUGCUCUGAUCUUCAUGGAAUUCGUGGCUCUGCUUGUUGUUGCUUCACCCCUGGUUCAGGUUCAGGCUCAGUUGGACAGUACAGUGGACGAGGUGUUCCUGAACGUGACGCCGCUUCACAGAGCAGAUGUGUACAUCCAGAAGGAACUGAACAAACUGCAGGCUUCAGAUUCCUGUUGUGGUCUAAGGAGUUUCGAGGACUGGGAAAAUCAACUUCCUGAUUCCUGUUUCUGUUUGCUUCCGCCUUCUGACUCAGGCUUACAGACUGGCUCUAACCCCAGCUCAGAGGACUCGUGUGCGAUGGUGACCUCUAGCGACCAUCGUCUGAACUCAAAAGUUUCAGAUAAACUCUGGGUUCAUUCUAAGCCCUGUGGCUCCAUCCUAAAGUCUCACCUGAGCUUUCCCAUCAAACUCAGAAUUGGAAUCAUCUCUGCCUUCGCUACAUUCGCGAUGGCGGCCAUCAUACUGUGUCUAACUCUGGGUCUCGAAGAGUACUGGAAAACUCCUCCGGUGGAGACGACGGUGGACGAUUUUAACAGAGUCAAAUAUCAGCCCAAACCCUCCCUAGCCUGACCUCUGACCUCUGACAUGUGACCUCCGAUCCCUGCAACCUCUGACAAUUUAAUGAGGCUUCAACUAAAAUUAGAAAUAUAUUAUUUAAAAUCAACAAUUUUAAUAAUAAUAAUAAUAGAGGAAAAUCCUUUCAGAAAUUAAAAUUAGCUUCAAAGCUAAUAGGCUAACAACAGCCAGUAAAGUUAGCCGUCAGUUUGUGUUUUUGCUCUUGUUCCAGAUGUAGCCACGAGGUGGCACUAUCUUACAUCUGCUCAGAUAUUAUCUGCCUCUUUCACGUCACAGUCCGUAUGGCCUAACGUUCACUUUAAUAGAAACACUCGACGUCCACUUGAAGAAACCACACGAUGAGACACUUGUGUGGGUAAAUUUAGUAUUAAACGUUUUUUAAAAUAAUUUAAAAAGCUCUUAAUUUGUAUUUGUUAUGUUAGAAUUUCCAGAAGUGUCUCUGUGAAACAUCACGAUGAUGAAAUCAGCUCUGCCCCGAGGUAAUUGGAUUGGUUUCUAAUUUGGUUCCACUAAGAGGACGUUAUUUAUCGUAAGAAAAGACCUAAUUUCCUCAUUUAAAACAGUAUUAAAUCGAGUGAACAUUUUUCAUGACGGAAAUUUAAAAAUAUUUUUUUUAUUUAUAAUGUUGUAUUGUUGCUGUCAUUAAAUAUACUGUAUAUUUAAAAUUGUAAAUAAAUGUGAAAAUGACAAAUUAUACGUUAAAUUAGGUCCAUCUAAAUAUUAUGGGUUUUUUUUUAAUCAGUUGUUUUUUUUAAAAUGAGCCUUUUGAAGAAAUGUU